UUGGAGAGCUUUAAGAUCAUGGACUACAGUCUGCUGCUGGGGGUUCAUAAUCUGGAUCAGGCGGAGCGCGAGCAGCAGAUGGAGGGAUCUCAGAGCAGCAGCGAUGAGAAGAGACCGGCCGCGCAGCGAGCGCUUUACUCUACCGCCAUGGAGUCCAUUCAGGGAGGAGCUGCGUGCGGAGGCUCCAUAGACACCGAAGACACGAUGGGAGGCAUUCCUGCUGUCAACGGCAAAGGAGAGAGACUCCUGCUCUUCAUCGGCAUCAUAGACAUCCUGCAGUCCUACAGGUCACACACACUUAUGAUUAUCAAAUCUGAAUUUAUUUAUUAGGAUUAACCCCUUGAGGUUUAACAUCUCGUUUUUCGAGCGGGUCCCAAAAUACAACGCGUCACAUUCAUAACAUCAAUCAAAUCAGUUCAUUCAUAAAGCACAUGUCAGAUCCGCUCUCUUCUCGAAAUCCCUCCACCCAAAAAAUACUUCAUUUUAAUGCCCACAUUUAUUUAUUUGUUUG